UCGCUCCGGGCUUGAGCACCCCCGGGCCCGUUUGUAAACUCCUGACGUUCCCCCGCUCCCCCCACCGGGCGCGCCGGCGAGACCUCUUUUCGGUGUCCGGGAACCAAGCAGAGGCCGGGAAGGCCGGUCCCGUGCCGCUGGUCGCAGGGCUUCCUGCUCCGAAGUGGGAAAAUGUGCUGCGACAAGUGGAGCCGCGUGGCCGAAAUGUUUCUCUUCGUUGAAGACCUGGAGGAGGAUUGUAAGAUCCUUUGCCUGUGCUCCAGGGCAUUUGUGGAAGAUCGAAAAUUGUGCAAUUUGGGAUUAAAAGGCUACUAUGUCAAAGGCAAUGGUGACAAUGCAGGAGACCAAGCAACAGAAGAGGAGGAAGGUGGCACAGCAGAGUCACAUGACAGCAAAGGCUUAGGCCUAGAUGAAAGUGAACUUGAUUCUGAGGCUGAACUCAUGAGAAGUAUGGGACUACCACUCCAGUUUGGUGGUGUAUCUGCACAUAAGACUUUUGAGGUGUCUAUGAAUACUAGAAAUAAAGUUAAAGUCAAAAAGAAAAAGAAAAAACAGCAAAAGAAGUACUUGCAGGAAAUUAUGAGAGAAUCUUGGAGACAAGAAUAUGAAGAAGAUGACAUUUUGGCUUCCGAUGAUCCGUCUUCAGUUGAACAGUAUGAGAACACCAAAACAUGUGAACUUCAAACCAAAAAGGACAUUGAAACUGAAAAUCUUCCUGUUGAAAAUACAUUAUGCCCAAAGCUAGAAAUUACAGAGAAGUGGGAAAAGUAUUGGAAUGAAUAUGGCGGAGGACUCUUAUGGCAAAGCUGGCAAGAGAAACAUCCAGGUCAGACACUGUGUUCUGAACCUUGGAACAUUCCUGAUACAAAGGAGGAAUGGGAACAACAUUAUAGUCAACUCUAUUGGUAUUAUUUGGAACAGUUUCAGUAUUGGGAAGCGCAGGGUUGGACUUUUGAUGCCCCAGAAACCUGUGAUACAGAUUCUUGUGGGCCUAAAAUAGAAGUUGACGACAAGAAAGAUGAAAAUUGCAUAAAAGCAGACUUAACGUCUUUUCCAUCUUCAUCUAUUACCAUUGAUAGUGAAAGCUCUAGUUCAAGUGAUAAAGAGCAUAAUGAAAUACUUGACGGAGUUAGUAACUUAAGUCUGAAUUCAGAGGAAGUGGAACAGAGCCGGUUAGAUUCUUCAGUAAGUUACAAUGGAUGUCAGUUGCUGAGUGAAGUCGGCAGCAGCAGAGAAUGCCCUGCUUCUGGCCAAAGUGAACCAUGUCACGGAGGAACCAAGGACAGCAACGUGUCUGGGAACAGAAGCGCAAACCAACCAGCUCAGGAUUCACAGGACUCUUCCGAAGCAAACGCAGUCAGAGAAAGACCACACUCCAACAGUAUUGAUGGAGACGAGAGUGAAGAAGAUCCACCUGAACAUAAGCCAAGCAAACUCAAGAGGAGCCACGAGCUGGACAUCGAUGAAAACCCAGAUUCAGACUUUGAUGACAAUGGUUCCCUUCUGGGAUUCAAGCAUGGCUCAGGACAAAAAUACGGUGGAAUUUCAAAUUUCAGUCAUCGGCGGGUCAGAUACUUGCAGAAGAAUGUGAAGUAUAAGUCAAAGUUCCUGGACAUGAGAAGACAAAUAAAUAUGAAAAACAAACACAUCUUCUUUACUGAAGAGUCAGAUAAAACAUUUUUCAAGAAAAGCAAAGCUUUGACUAAGGUAGAAAAAUUUCUAAAAUGGGUUAAUGAACCAAUGGAUGAGGAAGCAUCACAGGAGUCAGUUUCUCAUGACAACGUGCAAGACACGUGCACAAGCAGUGAUUCAGAGGAGCAAGAAAUGUCUGUUAAAAAAGGCGAUGACCCACUUGAGACGAGCAGUCAAGAACCUGGAAAGUGUCACGCCGUGUCUUCAGCUGGUGAACUGGAAACAGAAAAAAAUGAAGGAGCCAGCACAGUAACAGCUAUUACACAUCAGGAAGAUUGUGUUACUCAGAUUACACCAGACUCUCUACAGGUCGACACUGAAGCUGAAAGUAAAAAGAAGAAGAAGACAAAGAAAAACAGGAACAAAAAGGUAAUUGGCCUGCCUCCCGAGAUAGCUGCUGUUCCUGAGCUGGCAAAGUACUGGGCCCAGAGAUACAGGCUCUUCUCCCGUUUUGAUGAUGGGAUUAAAUUGGACAAAGAGGGCUGGUUUUCCGUGACCCCUGAGAAGAUUGCUGAACACAUUGCUGGCCGGGUCAGCCAGUCCUUCAAGUGUGACAUUGUAGUAGAUGCAUUUUGUGGAGUCGGAGGAAAUACCAUUCAGUUUGCCUUAACAGGAAAGAGAGUGAUUGCCAUUGAUAUUGAUCCUGUUAAGAUCGAUCUUGCUCGCAAUAAUGCAGAAGUUUAUGGAAUAGCAGACAAGAUAGAGUUCAUCUGUGGAGAUUUCCUCCUGCUGGCUUCUCACUUAAAGGCUGAUGUUGUGUUUCUUAGCCCCCCUUGGGGAGGACCAGACUACGCUACCGCAGAGACCUUUGACAUUAGGACCAUGAUGUCUCCAGAUGGCUUUGAAAUUUUCAGGCGUUCCCAGAAGAUCACUAAUAAUAUUGUUUAUUUCCUUCCAAGAAAUGCUGAUAUUGACCAGCGUGCAUUGACUUUUGUCAAGUAACGUGGAGGAGACAGGCCAGGCUAGAAACUAGCGUCGACUCUGGCUGUACCCUAGGGUCACUGGGGACCCUUAGAAAAACUGUGGCUAUCUAAGCCCCACCUCAGAAACUGAUCUAACCAGGUUCGUAAAGCUGCCAGAUCAUUCUAAGGUGGAGCCCGGGCAGCCAAGCGCUGCUCACCGCUACGUUAGCCCCGGUGAUAACCUCAGGGGACGAGAGUGUCAGGUGAGCUAUGGGGUUGCCAGCCCGGGAACCACAAGACCGCAAUUCAUUGUCACCAAACACCACGUCAGGACGCAGCUCCUCGCUCUUGGGGAGGCGCUGGGCCGAAGCAGAUUCACGGGCUCUUUCAUCCCCGAGUGUCAUUCAUCAGCUCUCGGGUGUGGAGAGGGAGGAGUGAGACGGUGGCUGCAGGGACUCGUGGCCACCUGUUCCUCUCAGCUCGUCACGCGGGAUUUCUUUUCAGACUGCCCUAACGACUGAACGUUGACCAGAGUUCCCGGUUUCUGGAAGUGAGGCAGCGUAUACCAAAUACAAGGCAAUUGGCCGAGGGAGCAGCCGGAGCGGAACUUGCGAGUUCUUGUUCUCCUUCUUCCUGUGCCGGCUUCCCACAGGCCCGUGCCUCCCGCCUCAAGCCAGAGGCGCUGCCCUCCAUCCCUCGCACACACAUUCAGACCAUCCCGGGUCUCCGGAGGUCUCGUUCGUUUGGCGGCCUCCCUUUGUAGUGUCUUCAUCCGGUGCUGGCUUGCGGUAGCCAACAGGCCUCCUAGCCCGGCACCGUCCCAGGGCUUUCGCCGCGGGGACGUAAAUAACGACAGUGCAACCUUCUCACGAGAAAGGUGGAGAUUGAACGCGCAGGCUCUCUGGUUGGAUGACUUCAGGAAACGCUCCGAUGAUGUAGGAUGUAAACUGGACUUCGGAGUCCAAGAAGCUUCGAUGGUAGGAGUUGAGCAGAAGGUGGCCAGAGCGCCAAAGACACAGCAGUGGGAAUGUGUGGGUAGCGUUCAGUUAAUGGGCUCAGAGAGAGAGAGCAAAUCAAACGGACCGGGUUUAGUCUCGGGCCCUGCCACUCACCAGCUGUCCGGCGACGGUUCCGAGGCGUAGACGAGUCUGGGGGUUCCGCGUUUAACACGGUACCUCUAGCCCACAAACCUUCAAUAAUGUCCUGUGUCUGUGACUUAUCGCAAAGUUGUUGUGGGGAGAAUGUAAAUGCUCCUAACACCUUGAAGAGGACCAGUAUGGAGAGAUGAUAUGUUUUCCCUAGAGGACAGAAUAGAAGCUCCUGUAUUUGUGAAAUGAUAGAACGUAAUUUAUAAACGUACCUCCCCGAUCACCUGUUUUUCUCGUCCUCUCAUCAGAAACAUACACUCUGAACAGACAUACUCUUGUGUCAGUUGGGCACACUCUCGCGAUCAUGACGUAUUUCCUUGGUCUUUGCAACACUGGCUCUCAGCUCCCGCUGCUAAUUGGAAUCGCCUGAGUGGCUUUUGUUUCUUAUUGUGGUAAGAUGCACACAACAAAACUUACCAUAAACCAUCUGUGAACGUCAGACACAUUCGCACUGUCGUGCAACCAUCCCGCCAUCCGCCUCAGAACUUUUACAUCUUCCCCAACUGAAACUCUGUACUGUGAAACACUGACUCACCGCCUGCCCCUGGCAACCACCAUUCUCCUCUCUGCGUCCGUGAAUUUCACUGAUCUAGGUACCCCAAAUAAGUGAAGUCAUACAGUAUUUGUCCCUUUGUAUCUAGCCUGUUUCACGGAGUAUAAUGUCCUGAAGUCAUCCACGUUUCAGCAUGUGCCAGAACUUCCUUCCUUUUUAAGGCCGAACGGUAUUCCAUUGUGUGGACAUACCACAUACCGUUUAUCCAUUCAUCAGUGGACAUUUUGAGCUACUUUCACCUUUUGGCCGAUGUGAGUAAUGCUGCUGCGGGUGCCCUGUAUCUUUUCCUGCUUUGAGUUCUUUCGGGUAUAUACCCAGAAGCAAAAUUGCCGGAUCAUAGAGCAAUUCUGUUGAGUUUUUUGAGGACCCACCCUACAAUUACUCCCUGGCAGCUGAACGAGUUUACAUUCCUACCAGCAAUUCAUCAGGAGUUCAGUUUCUCCACAUUCUCACCAACACUUGUUUUUUCUGUUGGUUGUUGUUUUGUUAUGAUAAUAGCCGCCCUAAUGGGUAUGAAAUGGUAUCUCAUUGUAGUUUUGAUUUGCACGUCCCUAAUGACUCAUGAUGUUGAGGACCAUCUGUUCACGUGUGUAUCUUCUGGGUAUUAAUCCCCUCUCAGUAUAUACUUUGCCCGUAUUUUUCCCCAUCCUGUGGGUUGCCUUUUUUACUCUCUUGAUAGUGUUCUUGGCUGUACAAAGUUUGUAAUUUUGAUGAAGUUCAGUUUGGCUCUUUUUCCUGUGUAUUGCCUGUGCUUUUGGUGUCAUAGUCAAGAAAUUGUUACCAAAUCUAAUGUCAUGAAACUCUUGCCUGUGUUUUCUUCUGAGAGUUUUAUGAUUUUAGCAAGUAGCUUUUUAAAACUACCAGUUGAAGAGUCCCCAAAUGAUUGUAGUAUGCUGUCGGAGUCGAGAUUCUCUGGGAUAAGAGAAGGGUAAAUGAUCUGAACAAGCCGGAGCUCUUACUCUGUGGGUUAGAGGAGGUGAAAUUAGAUCUUGUCACCUGUCAUCUAUUUAUGAGCCACAGCGUUUGAAUAUUAGACCUCCCAAACACUGUGUGCUGUACCGUUACAAGAAAAAGCACUGUCCCCUUGCUUCAUGCAUUUUUUAUAUCAAAUCUCAUAUUAAACUGUAUCUCCUACUCACGUGACUCUCAUCUGCAUCCUGUGCUCCCAAGUAAAGUUGAGCCUGUUGAUUCCAUAAUUCUUAUUUGCUCACAUAAAUAUUAUGUUCUAUAUUACUAGUCUCAUAAGUGGUUAUGUGAUCCUUCUAUUAAAUAUUUGAUGGGCUUCUUGGGGUACUUGAAUGACAAUAGGAAACUCACUGUUUAUUGCAAAAGUUACAGUGAGUAUGUUUUUUCUAGUUAAGUUAACAUUUUCCCAAGGAGGAAGUUAAUUUUUUUCUCUUUAACUUGUGUUUUUGGUUUAGUUCAGAAACCUGCCAGAAUUAGUUCAUUCACAUUUUCUACCUGUAGAGGGAGUAACGACACUAAAAAAUAAUAAAAGUCAAAAAGGAAAUGAGAUUUCAAGUGUUAUUAUAUUGUUUGGUAUUAAAUUUGGAUCAAAUUACAGUAGGGAGUCAACUUUUUAAAAUGAAAGAAACCUAUCCAUAUAUAGUAUUUUUACAAUGGGAGACAAGACAGCUCUGCAAGAAUGAGAGAAAGCAGCGUUACAGAGAAGUCCACUUUUUUGCUAAGGAACAUUUAGAAUGUCACAGCAACCUGAACUUCCACAUGGGCUGGGUUCCCCAAGUUCAUGAGUUGGCUGUUUGAAACUCAGGCCGCAUUUUUCCCACAGAAAUGCCUAUUAAGAAGAGUUAAUUUCCCAGGCAAGGAGAUUUGUACUCAUGGUGCUUGUAUUUAGGGUAACUAAAGUGAGUAUGGACUCGGCACAGAUACAGCUUGUCCUGUAGUCUUUCCACGUGGGAGACCAGGCUAGUUGUUUUCUGUGUCUAGUAAUACAUUUUUCUAGGUCCCCUCUUACCUCAGUCUCUUACUCCCCUUUUCUGUGUGGGUGUUAUUCCAGGACACGUAUUCCCUUGUUAUCCACACUUUCGCUGUCCAACUCAAGAACUGAAUAAUUUAGAAAGUCUUUUUGCGACAGGCUCUUUGGAGGGAAGUCACAAUUGAAACUUUGGAACUGAUUAGAUUCAGUUUGGAGGGCCCAGGAUAUAUGUAUUUAUCUACUGGAUGAUAAUCUUCCUUUGACAAUCCGAGUUCAGCCAAUACUAGCUUUGGUUCCACCAGACAUUCCAAAUAUGGGAAACUUCUGUUUUAAAAAGUGCACGUACACAAUAUGGAUCGAGAUGUCUGAGCAGAGCGGAAGGUCGGUAUGAAGUCCCUUUGGGCGGCAGCUCCAACGUGGAGGAACCCGUCCGCUGGGCAGACGUUGGGGUGCUGAGAGGGGCGGCUGCUGGCUGGUGGGAUACAGCACCUCCUUAUCUUUGUCUCCUGAAAUGUCUAGCCUUCUCUUUAAAGGACUCUUCUUGAUAGUUUGUGCGUACCGGUACAGAAAGGGCAGCGUUGAGCAGCAUCCCUGAGGAUUGUGUCGAAAGAUGAACCGGGAGGCAGCCGUGCUUCGUGUCGGUCCGGGCACUGGGCUGGCAGACGUGCUCUGCCCUUCGGUGACCUCCCCCGCACAUGCCGUGGUGACAAGCAGGCCAGUCCCCAACUGUUUUAUUUCCCGAGGAAGCAGGACCAGGUUUGUGAGCCGACCUAGUACCACAGGUAAAACUGAACCUGUGAUUGUUUACGUCGCAGCCCCAGGCCUAAAAGCUGUGAGACUGAAUCAAGAGAG